CGUCCUCCUGCUCUGUUUGCCUAGUGCUCGUCCAGUUGAUUUUGAGUUCCGUCAUUGCCCGGGCUCAGCACCACGGAGUGAGCCCAGCACCCAGCACCGGUCUAGAUCCUCGGUGCAGGGCCAAGUGGAUCCAUCCUCCUCGCCCCAAACCAGUGACGUUUCUUCUAUCAUUCCGUCCCCUGAUUAGCUUUCGCUGUCGCGUCCAUCCUGAUUUCCGACGUCUUUCCUUGACUGCCUCAGGUGGUCCGUUUUCUGAUUCCUUCGCUUUUUGUCCGUCCCAUUGGCUGCUAUUUUGGCUGCCAUUGUGCCCCUCAUGCAUUCUCCCCCACACAGCUUGACGCUUGCGCAGUCUGUGCGUCUUUCCAUCCAAGAUGAUACCCUCUCGAUUGUUGAUGACCGUCCGUCGCGGAGAAAAACCCAGCGUUCGUGCUGUGGAUUGCUAUCCGGCUCAGAUGUCGCCCCUCACUACACCAUCCCCUCGUACAACCUUCUCAAUACCUACGUUGCCCCUGGCGGGUUAACCAUUACCUUCGUGGAAUCCACCGAUGACGAUGCGACUGUCAACGCCCUCCAAUACCCCCUCGCCGAAAAGGAACAAGAGACAGCAGCGCCGUGGGUCGAACAAGUGCUAGAGUGGGCCUAUGGCCGGGCGCGACGACACAAGCGACUGAAAGUCAUCAUAAACUCCUUUUGCGACAACGCAUAUCACCGAUACAAGACACAGGCGGACCCGAUAUUCGCCGCGGCGCAAUGCCAAGUCGACGUACAGAAGACCGAAUACCGAGGCCAUGCGACUGACAUCUGCGAGGCCCUUGACCUCAACGCCUACGACGCCAUCAUAUGCUGCUCCGGCGAUGGUCUCCCUUACGAAGCCUUCAACGGUCUGGCAAAACGGCCCGAUGCGCAGGACGCACUCGCCAACAUCGCCGUCGCCAUGAUCCCCUGCGGGUCCGGCAAUGCCAUGGCCUGGAAUCUCUUUGACACCGGAAGCGUCUCCCUCGCCGCUCUCGGGAUCGUCAAAGGACUGGAAAUGCCCAUGGACCUACUCUCCAUCACCCAAGGAGACACCCACACCGUCUCAUUCCUAUCCCAGUGCCUCGGCGUGCUCGCCGACUGCGACCUCAAGACCGAGCAUCUGCGUUGGAUGGGCGACCACCGCUUCCUCUACGGCGUCUUCGCCACCCUCGCCCAACGCACCUCCUACCCCUGCGACCUAGCCAUCAACGUCGUCCUCGACGACAACGCCCAAAUCCAAGAACACUACGCCAACAAAAAGAACCAACCCUUCACCCCACCCCCCGCUCCCAACCCUCUAUCCCCCACCGGCCUCCCCCUCAAAUUCGGCACCGUCCAAGACCCCCUCCCCUCCACCUGGGAAAUUAUCCCCGCCGACACCCUAGCCAGCUUCUACGCCAGCAACAUGGCCGUCGUCUCGCGCGACACCAACUUCUUCCCCGCAUCCCUUGCCUCAGACGGUCUAAUGGACAUCAUGACCAUCGACGCCUCCGUCGGCUGGAUCAAAGCCCUCGAAGCAAUCAUCAAGCUCCCCCAAGCAAAAUGCUUCCACCUCCCGCACGUCCAAAUGCGCAAAGCAGCCGCCUACCGCCUCACCCCGCGCGACGGCGACGGCUGCCUCAGCGUCGACGGCGAGCGCUACCCAUUCGAAGCCUUCCAGGUGGAGAUUCACCAAGGCUUGGCUAGGGUUUUGUCUAAAUCAGGCGUCUCGUAUGAAGCGCCGGGGCCGGCCUAGUGGAUCCUAAUAUAGCCACCUACCCUACCUACCCACCUACCUACCUAUAUGUAUGUAUAUCGAUAUGCGG